AACAGCAAAAUCCACUGUUAAGUGGCUGUAGGGAAUUUUACUCACUCGACCUCUGGUCACACCGAAAGUGAAUCAGAAUGAAAUCAACGCAAACUAAUUGAUCGCGAAAACGGUACAAAAGAGCAGUUAAUUGCAGCAAUUUUAGCUCUGCCAGCUAGCAAACAGUCCGAACUUUCGUCGCGAAAGAGAAAAUACCUUUGAAGCACCUGCAGGGACACCAAAAACAAAGCAGCAAAGUGGACAACUCCCAGUUUUCGGAAGAGCAUCACUUGCAGUCAAAGGAUCAUCCGGACAGAAGCGCAAGACUGAGGACCAACAGAAUGUCUUCGCUGUCCGCAUCCGCGGAGAAUGUGUCCAGCCUGGGUCUGGGAGGAGGUGGCGGUGGCAACUCGCACGAUGGAAACUCCCAGCAGGGAUCCGACGGUGGCUCCAGUAUGUGCUUGGAGCUGGCCUUGGAGGGCGAACGGCUGUGCAAGGCGGGCGACUGUCGGGCGGGCGUGGCCUUCUUUCAAGCAGCCAUCCAGGCGGGCACCGAGGACCUGCGCACCCUCUCCGCCAUCUACUCGCAGCUGGGCAACGCCUACUUCUAUCUGGGCGACUACAACAAGGCGAUGCAGUACCACAAGCACGACCUCACCCUGGCCAAGAGCAUGAACGAUCGCCUGGGCGAGGCCAAGUCCUCGGGCAAUCUUGGAAACACCCUGAAGGUGAUGGGCCGCUUCGACGAAGCCGCCAUCUGCUGCGAACGCCACCUGACGCUGGCCCGCCAGCUCGGGGAUCGCCUAUCCGAGGGACGUGCCCUCUACAACUUGGGCAAUGUCUACCAUGCCAAGGGCAAGCAUCUUGGCCAGCGUAAUCCGGGAAAGUUCGGCGACGAUGUUAAGGAGGCUCUCACUCGUGCAGUGGAGUUCUAUCAGGAGAACUUGAAGCUAAUGCGGGAUCUGGGCGACCGUGGCGCACAAGGACGCGCUUGCGGCAAUCUGGGCAACACUUACUACCUUCUGGGUGACUUCCAGGCAGCCAUCGAGCACCACCAGGAGAGGCUGCGCAUCGCCCGGGAGUUUGGGGAUCGAGCCGCCGAGCGCAGGGCCAAUAGUAACCUGGGCAACUCGCACAUCUUCCUCGGGCAGUUUGAGGAUGCAGCGGAGCACUACCGCCGCACUCUCGCGCUGGCCGUUGAGCUGGGCGAGCGCGAAGUGGAGGCCCAGAGUUGCUACAGCUUGGGCAACACCUAUACGCUGCUGCACGAAUUCAACACGGCCAUAGAGUUCCAUAAUCGGCAUCUGGCCAUUGCCCAGGAGCUGGGCGAUCGUAUUGGGGAGGCCCGGGCCUGUUGGUCGCUCGGCAACGCCCAUUCCGCGACCGGGGGUCAUGAGAAGGCCUUGCAGUAUGCGGAGCAGCAUCUGCAACUGGCCAAGGAGCUGCACGACCCCGUCGGCGAGAGCACGGCCCGUGUGAACAUCUCGGAUCUGCGCAAGCUGCUGGGACUGCCCGAGCAGGAGCCCUCGCCCACCGAGGAGGAGGCGCGCUCCAGCGCCUCGGAUCACUCGGCCAGCGGUCACCAGUCGGAUGGGUCGGAGAACUCGCAGGGCAGAAUGGUGCGCGUUCGCCGCCAGAGCAUGGAGCAACUGGACCUGAUCAAGAUCACGCCUGACGGCAAGCGCCUGCAGGAGGACAAGCACCGGGCCGGCGGCGCAGCUACGAAAGCCAAAGAUGACGACUUCUUCGAGAUGCUCUCGCGGUCGCAGUCGAAGAGGAUGGACGACCAGCGCUGCUCGAUCAAGAUCAAUCUGGCUGGAGCUCCGGCAGUGGCCACUGGGGCCACCCGCAAGCCGCUGGUGCAGCAGAACUCGCUGUUCGUGGACCCCACCAACCUGCCCGGUCUGAAGUCUCCAACAUCGACGAAUGCCGGAUCAAUUGCUCAUGCGCCGCUGGCCAGGAGCGCCACCACCACCCAGCAGCCGGACGACGCCUUCCUGGACAUGUUGAUGCGUUGCCAGGGAUCGCGUCUGGAGGAGCAGCGUUCGGAACUGCCGCGCCCGAACGUCACAAUGGAUGCAGAGGCGGAGGCUCCACAGCCGCAGGCUCCAGAGGCAUCGGGACAAGGGGCAGCACGCGGACAGACAGGACGCGGAGCCACUGUACCCGAUGAGGACUUCUUCUCCCUGAUCAUGAAGGUACAGAGCGGCCGCAUGGAGGAUCAGCGCGCCUCGAUUCCGUUCCGGAGUGCGAACAACAAUAACAGCAGCCGGAGCAACAACAACGGCACUGCUGGUGGCAAAUAAGAAGAGUCCGAAAAGUCCAACAAAAACGAUCCUAUCCAUCCAUUCCUGGCCGCAGCUCUUGGUUUCCGUCACUACGUUUAUUUGAAAGCAACUGGCGGCUAACAUUUUCUUUUUUAAGAUUUAUACACACAUAUUUACACAAAAUAAUUAAUUUAUGAAUAGCAACUAACCAAGUAACCAAAUAUUUGGGGCGUACACCGCCCCGCAACCGAACAGAAAGAGAAACUACCAUUGGAUGCACUCCCCCAUCCAUCCGGUCGUGACUCACUCGCGCACACUCAUCUCUUGGGUUGGCCAUGAUAUUGAAAGAUAUAUGCAUUUGCAGACGGCAGAGGUUUUUACGAUAUUAGCGUUUGAAUUGCAUGUGAAGCUAGGGCCUAAGCUGAAAGUAUACUAAUCCAAUUUGCUCAAUAGAUGGAACCAAGUCUUCUACACGAUCAACGAUCUUACAUUCAGAUAUUCUAAUCGACAUUCAGAUAAACUUUAAGCCUUAAGUCUAACGAACCACUUUACAUAUAUGUAUAAGCAAUGCAUUUCCAAAAUCAAAAAAACAAACAAACAAAAACGAUGCAAAUCUACAAGUAAUUCCAAUUGUAUCCAUGAGUAUUGCAUUUUGUAUCUCUCUAUCGAUGACUCUAAAAACCUAAUUUAAGAAACUUUACUAUUUUUUUUAGAUAUUAACAAAAAAAAUAAACACAAAGAAGAGUGGCUGGGCAUUCCGUUUGUGGAGCCGGCGCUCGUGUUAGCACGUAGCAUUACGAUUUACACAUAACAUCCAAAAGAUACGUACACAUAUACAAGAUACAUAUGAACAAUAUAUAGUUAUACCAAUGUCUAGCGUUCAAUCGCAAUCUCCAUUGUUCUACACACUAUACAAGAAACAAAAAUCCAAAAACCGAGUUCGAGUUGCAUGAAAUGAAGCCAAAAUUUAUAAAUGUUAUACUUUUAUGUAUGUACGCCCAAGGUGCGCCCUUAUGAGCCCCCAAAUCGAGGUCAUCACGAUAUAUAUAUAUAGCUCAAUCAUACAUCCAUACAGGCGGACAAAUAUGUCGUGUAUUAUUAAAUAUUAAAAUUAAAAAACAAAAAAUGUUUGCUGACAAA